AUGGAAAGACAUACCGAGAAUCAGAUGGAAGGAAUGGAGAGCAGCACUUCCGAGGUGGAUAGUAUAGAAGUUGGCAAUACCUCCUUUGAAUCAUCAGAAGAGGACUAUUCAGAAGAUGAGACGUUUAUGUCAAGAAAUGGUGAGAUAAAGUGGUCAAUCAAAGCACCGGACCGACAAAGAGGCAGAUUGUCAGCGAGGUAUGUGCUGAAGAGAACUCCAGGACCAACGAGGCUGUGUGUCUCGCAAGCAAGCGACAUAUUGUCUACGUUCAAAGCAUUCCUGCCGAAAUCAAUAGAGGGGACGAUCGUCACAAUGACUAACGUGGAGGGGCGAAAACGAUUCUCCAGCAACUGGACUGAAUUCACACCAAAAGAAUUCGAUGCGUUCAUUGGUAUUUUGAUUCUGGGUGGAUGUUUUACAUCCAGAGGCGAGAAUUUACUAAAUCUGUGGGAUCUAAAGACGGGUAGAGCAAUAUUCUCGGCAACCAUGAGUAGAUUACGGUUCAGUCAGUUAUCAUCGGCAAUUCGUUUUCAUAACAAAGGAUCAAGAUCAGAGAGAAGAGACACGGACGAGCUGGCUGGAAUGCGAGAAGUCUGGGACACGUGGUCGGCAAACCUGCCCCUUAUGUACAAUCUCGGCCACGAUGCCACCAUAGAUGAGCUACCGGUACCAUUUACAGGACGCUGCUCGUUCAAGCAAAAGACUCUUCACCCCUCGGCGAGGUGUGGACUGAAACUAUGGGUGCUUUGCGACGCGAAGACCAGUUACUGCUGGAAAGUCGACGUACAUACGAGGAAGACUCCAGAGGAGGCAAAGGAAAACAGUUUGACCAAACGAGUGGUGCUGGACCUAUCUGAGGGGCUCAGAGGGCAAAACAUUACUGCUAAUAACUUCGUUACCUCCUUUGAUUUGGUACAGGAGCUCCUCAAGCGUCACAUAACGAUGGUAGGGGCUGUUCGCACAGAUCGUCCAGAGCUGCCGUUUGCCCUGGUAAGAACUAAGGGCAGGCGGGUGUACUCUUCCAAAUUCGCAUUUGCACAAAACACUACACUUGUGUCCUACACGACCAAAAAAAAAAAAAACGUAGUGCUAAUGAGCACAUUCCACAAGAGUGCAGAUGUCGUCGAUCGGCUGGACAGAAAGCCACAAAUUAUACUUGAUUAUAACGAAACUAAAGGGGGGGUUGAUACAAUGAACCAGCUCGUUUCACUCUACAGCUGCAAAAGACGAACAUCUCGCUGGGUCACUGCCCUGUUUUAUAAGAUUCUGGACAUUUCGGCGCACAAUGCACAGGUCGUGUGGAAAGAGAUCAAUCCAAGCUGGAAGGCAGAGAAAAAGACGAGACGCAGGCAAUUCCUGCAGGAGCUGGGCGAAGCCCUAAUCAGCCCCACCAUUAAGGAGCUAACCCGUCUUCGCCGAGGCUUCCAUGCUGCUGCAAUUGUGAGAGCACACCCGCCUCCCCCGGUGGAACAAUCAAAAAGAAAGAGGUGUGGCAUUUGUCCGUACACCACUGACCGGAAGAGUGGCGUUGUGUGUUGUGAAUGUGGGGUGACAGUAUGUAAAGCCCAUUACGAUGUCAUAUGUAAAAAGUGUAGAAAAUAAAAUUCUAAUGGUAACAUUU